ACAGGGGCAAGAAAGAGAAAGAGGAGUCGGACCGCCCAUCUAUCUAUCUUGCUCCCUUGCUCUCAGGUAGUUCAGGUGUGUGUGUAACUGCCGCGACGAAUCGCGAACCAGAGUUCAAUGAUACGUGGGAAUAGGUGUAUCCCUUCUACUUUUCUCGCAUUUCUGCCACGGGAAUCACGGAAUUCGGGCGGGACUGGCGAGAGUCUCGGGACUAGUCGGGUCGGGACUUCAAAUCAACGGAGGGCAGUACCUGCUUUAGUCGUACACAGUAACAUGAAGUUGUACCAGAAGAAAAUUUAGAAAUGAAAAUACCGAGCUAUAUAAAUUAAAAUUGUCAUUCUUUACGUGCAAGAUGAAAGUGAAUGUUUGCCUAUAUUUUAAUCCGACGAUGAACCUUCUUCAGUGUUUGUUCAGUAAACGAUUAUAUGUGUUUGUGUGAUUCAUUUCUGGAUUGAAUGUUUUUAAUGUAAUGUUUCCAAAGAAAAAAUAUGGCGCAUAUUCUCACUAAAUUUAGAAUACCCAAAUAUGAUUAUUCAGCUUCCCUCUUGAUUAUAGGAACAGCAGAUUUAUGUGAGAAAGUUUCUGAAGCAUUACAUCAAUGUGCAAAAGGAAAAAAGUGGAAUAUUGCAGUGCAUAAAUGUGAAUCUAUUAGUGAAAUUACAAGGUUUAAAAUCAAUUUUAGCAUAGAUUAUAUUAUACUUGUCAAUGAUUGGACAACGCAGUCCUUAUCUGAAGUGGAGACAAACAUAUGUCUAAUAGAUGAACAUUACAUACAUUUUGGUGCUAUAUGUUUAAUAAACUGCCAGGGAAUUUCAAAAACAGUGGGAUUGAACGCCCAUAAAUCGUCAAAAAUUUGUGACAAAUAUAAUAUUCGAUUUUUAUCUACUAACAUUUCUAAGCCACAAAAUUGUAUACAAUUGGGUAAUAGAAUAUUGAAUUUAGUAGAAGCUGUAUUCGGUAUAACAAGUGGAAUUCCUAUCAUUGGGUUUCCGCUAUAAUGUUUUUAAAACAUUUAAAUGUUAUACAUUCCAUAUGAAAACGAAAGAAAUAAAUGAAAGUCAAACGUGUGUCUGCAGUCGAGAGGAUAGCAAAAAUAACAGAACCAAGACUGAAUGUAUUAUUGACGAUAAGUUGACGGCCGGUACUGAUCGCAGCAGUACAUCUAAAUACAAUGCUUACUG